AUGGAUGCCUCUCAGCCUCCUCUUCUUCAGUUGCCAUCUCUCUCUGAGCUUGAGUCUCGGAUGCAAGUAAUGCGCGUCUCUGCUCUUGAAGAAAACCAAACCGGUGAAACAUAUUCACAGAGAGCUGAAUGGUUUUACCAGAGACGUGCUCUCCUUCUCUCCCUCUGUCAAGAUCUCUACGAUGGUUACGCCACUCUCUUGGACCGUUACAAUCACUCCAAACCACAAAACCCUAAACCCAUUUCUCAAGACAAUGAUUCCACCAAUGAUACUGACAUCAGUUCCGAAGUCGAGAGCAUCUUGUCCUUUCAACAGAUGCAAAUCACCACUUGUGAUAAGCAGCAGAACACUGACGAGUUAGCCUCGCAGCUCGUGACUGCAAACUUGGAGAAAGAUAUCGCUCAGGACGAGUUGCGUCGCAGAGAACAAAAGCUCCAAGAAGCUUUCAAGACGAUUGAAUUGCUAAAGAAGCUUGUGAUGCUUCUUGACAUGGAGAAAGAAGUAGCUGUAGAGGAAACAGCGAAUCUUGGAUACAAACUCGCUUCUCUCUUGGAAGAGAACAGAGAGCUCGCCACUGAAGUGCUGUUCAUGAAAAAGGAAUCAGUGAGGCUUGCUAGGUGCGUGCUUAAGAUGAGGGACGAACAUUUUCACAAGGUGUGUCUUCUACAGAGCCAAAUCUACUCGAUGCAGUCAUCGAGAGAGUCUGCUCACGAAAAUGUAUCCCCGGCAAGCUGCUUCGGAUUGGAUAACAAUAAGAGCAAGAAGAGAAAGAUGAGCGAAACAAGAACAGAACAUGGUGAGAAAAAGAGAAAAUCAAAGUGGUUGAAGAGGCUCAAUCCGUUUACCAAAAUGCAGCAUUAG